AUGCCAAGGGUAGUGCGGGCCGGACUGAUCCAGGCAGGUAUCGGGCGGGACGCGCCCGAUGACAUCCAGGCCCUGCGGCAGCGCAUGCUGGAGAAGCAUGUCGCGCUUAUCGAGGAGGCCGCCAACAAAGGCGUGGAAGUCCUGUGCCUGCAGGAACUGUUCACCAGCCCCUACUUCCCCGCCGAGCAAAACGACCGAUGGCGUCAGUUGGCCGAGCCAGUGCCGGACGGCCCGACGGUGCGGCUGAUGCAGGACCUGGCGCGGAAACACGGGAUGGUCACGGUGGUGCCGGUGUUCGAAGAAGAAAUAACUGGCUUGUUCUACAACACGGCAGCAGUCAUCGACUCGGACGGGACGUACCUGGGAAAGUACCGCAAGAACCACCUCCCCCACGUCGCUCCGGGUUUCUGGGAGAAAUUCUACUUCCGCCCCGGCAACCUGGGGCGCGCGGCCCUGGGCCUGGGCGGAGCAGAGAUCGUGUUCAACCCGUCGGCCACCGUCGCCGGGCUGUCGGAGUACCUGUGGGGGCUGGAACAGCCGGCCCACGCCGCAGCCAACGGCUACUUCCUUGGUGCCAUCAACCGGGUGGGCGUGGAGCAGCCGUGGGAGAUAGGCGAGUUCUACGGCAGCAGCUACUUCUGCAACCCCAAGGGACAGAUCGUGGUACAGGGUUCGCGGGACCGCGACGAGGUGGUGGUCGGCGACCUUGAUCUGGACGAAAUCUCCGAAGUCAGAAACACUUGGCAGUUCUACCGUGACCGCCGCCCCGAAACCUAUGGGGGGUUGACCGCGCCAUGA